AUGUAUCAAAUAUCACCAAGAGUUCAACGAGAAGUUGAAAAAUUAAUUACAAAUCCACCAUUUGGUAUUACUUGCUGUCCUCUAAAUGAAAAUUUAACAACAUUGCAAGUUUGUAUUGAGGGUGGCCUAGAUUCUCCUUACAAGAAUGGUUUUUUUAAAUUGGCCGUAGAAAUACCACAUAAAUAUCCAUUUAUUCCUCCACGAGUUUAUUUUCUAACUAAAAUAUAUCAUCCUAAUAUUAAUGAAGAAGGAAGAAUAUGCAUGGAUAUAUUGAAAUGUCAGCCAGAAGGAAAUUGGAGGCCUACUUUUACAAUAGAAAGUAUAUUGAUUGCUGUUCAGCUAUUAAUGAGUCAACCUAAUCCUGAGGAUCCAUUGAUGGGAGCCAUUGCAAACGAAUAUAAAUUCAACAAAAUAGAAUUUGAUCGUAAGGCCUCCGAAUGGACAUUAAAAUAUGCUAGUGAGUUUUUCUUAAAAACUAUUAUUUUACUGUGUUUGUUCUAG